CGGCGCACGGCGCCAGCCCGGAAGCUUCGUCUACACCUCGCGAGGACGUAGCCGCAGAUCUCGAGGGAACCGCUUCGGGGCCUCUGCCUGAAGUUAAGGAACGUGGAUCUGGGAGGCCAACUGACUAGGCGUUUCCUCUGUGGGCUUACCCCUCCAGGCGCUAUAUAUUGAAGACAAUGUCUGGAAGCUUCUACUUUGUAAUUGUUGGCCACCAUGAUAAUCCAGUUUUUGAAAUGGAGUUUUUGCCACCUGGGAAAGCAGAAUCCAAAGAUGAUCACCGUCAUCUGAACCAAUUCAUAGCUCAUGCUGCACUCGACCUGGUGGAUGAAAACAUGUGGCUUUCCAAUAACAUGUACUUGAAAACUGUGGACAAAUUCAACGAGUGGUUUGUGUCAGCAUUUGUUACUGCAGGGCAUAUGAGAUUUAUUAUGCUUCAUGAUGUGAGGCAAGAAGAUGGAAUAAAGAACUUCUUUACUGAUGUCUAUGAUUUGUAUAUAAAGUUUGCGAUGAAUCCAUUUUAUGAACCCAAUUCUCCUAUUCGAUCAAGUGCAUUUGACAGAAAAGUUCAGUUUCUUGGGAAGAAACAUCUUUUAAGCUAAAUGCAGAAAAAAAAAAAAAAAACAACGAAAUAAGCAGCAUUGCCGCCGUGGGGUGUACUCAGGAAUGUAUGCAUUGUAAGUAACUUGAUAAAAUAGCUUGAAAAACUUAAAAUAGUACAUCGUUUUCAUGUUGCUUAUCAACAUCAAUAUUUGCUUGUGCACAGUAUUUAUAAAGAGCUCUUUAAUGUUUUUAUUUUGAAACUUAAGAAUAAACUCUUGACAUUCCUAAUUGAGAUAAUUGGAUCUAAAGUAACCAUUGAAAAGUCAAUGUCAUAGUGAAGAUUUGCUAGAUUUAAAAUUAAAAAAUUCUGCAGACACAAAUGAAAUUGAUAGCAUAUACUUAGACUUAAGCAUUUAGAGACGUUAUAAAAAAUGUAUAAUAUACUGCAGUACCCAAGAAGCUGAAGCAGGAUGCACUUGCAUUGUGAAAUUACCAUAUGCCUGCCUGUGUCAGGCUGAGAAUAGUGAUUCUGCAAACUGGACUAAAGUUGCAGGCCAGGGUGAAACGGCGAAAUGUACUGUCUCUGUCUCUUCGUACUUUCAUAUUUCGUUUCUCUUAGUAAACUAAAGGUUUAAUGAACUUAUAAAUAUCUGUAAUUCUAAAAUGUUAUAAUGCAAUUUCAGAACUAAUACUAAAUAAAAGCCUGGAUUACAUUGACAUUUACACUAGGC